AAUUUAACGUGAUAUUCACAAAGCUAAUCGAAACAUUGUCAGCAUUAACAUAUUUGUAUAUAUGUUUGUAAACGUCUUGGGAUUAUAUUCUCAGGAAUCUGAACAUAGUCAUAUAUAUGGACUUAAAAUACAUAUAUAUAUAUUCAUUUUCCCAAGUGUGUGUUUGCAUAAGUGGUGUGUACUAUUUGUAUAGUCAUUGUACGUUUUCUUCCGUUCAUAUAGGAGAGUCUUCUGUUCUUAAUCGUUUUGCACUAUUUUUUUUUUUUGAUAUCUUAACUUUUGCGACUUUCCGUAAUAAGUUAGGUUGGCCGUUACACUGUGAAUUAUAAUACUCAGCAAUGGAUACAUCAAAACUGAGUGCCAGGUACUCGAAAGUAGAGCUGUUAGCUCUAAGAUAUGAAGGUAAAAGUCGACAGCGCCCGCAAUGUUCAACUCGACUUGAAUUGCAGACACUAGGUUUUUGGAAAAUUAAUCUGAACACAGCUGCGUUAAACGUGUCUAGCACAUAUUCAAAUCAAAACAAGAACCGACUUUCUCCAGAAGCAGAUAACUCGAGCUUAAUUUGUUCCAAUAGCAGCUCAUUAAGUUCACGUCGCGCUAUGAGAAAUCGAGAACGGGCAAACAACUAUUAUCAGCGCUUCGUACCUACCGAUUCUGUUCUAAUAAGUGGGGAGGAUAAAGAUAAGGAUGCGCCUUCUCAUGGACAGCCCUAUAAGUCGAAUAUCAUCGAUCACCGUAGCAUAUCAUCUUCGUAUUUAAUGCCGGCAUUUGCAAAGAGGCGUUUUGUCAUAUCGAAAGGCAGCAACAGCGAGGAAAGCAACGAGGGGAUAAAUACUUGUGCAAGCAAGGGCAAGGCACCCAGUUCGCCUAGACGUAAGGGUAGCGAGUUGGAUACUGCUGAGACAUGUUUGAAUUUUGUUCAGCCGGAUCACGACCAAUGCAUGUCAUCUUCACCCACAUUUUCAACAUCCCGCCAAGAAAGGCGGAUUGGUAGCGGUCGGCUGUUGCCAAGAAGUGAUAAUUGGGAUUACAAAAACCAGAAGACCGUAGAAGCCAGCAUUGAGAAUGAAAAGGAAACAUCUCCAAAUGGAUCUGGAAGUACAAGCGGUCUUAAUCAGCACAAUCAAAGCCAACAUCGUUCUCGCACAUUCAGUGGAAGGUUAGUUGAACGUGUUCCCGAAGUCACCGAUCGUCGUUUUCAAUAUGACUCCAAAAAGUCUGUUGAUCGUCAGGGAAUUAAUAAUCGACGCAUUUCUGGUAAGGAGCCUUUCAGUACUCAAAGCCGAAGUAAGCGUGCCAAUUCCUAUCUCAUUCACGAAGAACCUGAAUGGUUCAGUGCAGGACCUACAUCACAGCUUGAAACUAUUGACCUACACGGGUUUGAGGACCUGGAAAACAACGAAGAGCGAUCCGUUGGAGAUAAAAAUGAUCAAAUUCAACAACUUCAUAAAAAUUUAGCUACGCAAGCAAGCAUUGAUGAGGCUUCGAUGAGAAACAGCAAUGACAGUUUAAAUUUGCGCGAAGUAAAUCCAGGUGACGAAAUUAAGCACACUGACGAAAAUAUAGUGAAUUUUAUUCAAAACUCAACGGAUCUCGGCCAUCCCAAUAAAAACAAACCGAUUCAGAAGCAGUCCAGUCAGAAUCCUGAAAGUGAAUUUAAUUUUGAUGCUUUUCUUAACAUGCAUCCCUUGGAUAAUUCUCUUUUGAGUAAUGAUGAAACUGGAAAAAGUGAGGCAAAAGGAACAUCCCGUUUUAGCCGAUGGUUUCGACAAAAAGAAGCUGCGAAUAAUAAUGAGUUUCCAGGGUUUCGGGAAUCGCAUACUCAAGAAAAACGUAUUCCAAGUGUUAAGGAUCUGGAAGCCCAAAUGACAAAAGUGGAUAUGAGGACAGAUUUAAUAAAUCCAAUAGCAGGGUCAUUCUGCCAGACAGUGCAAAUGGAAAAACCUAUUGCUAGAGACACUGAGGCAUUCAAGAAACUUUUGCAACAGUUGGGCUCUCAAGCCAGGCAGCAGCAUCCAUGCAACGACGAUUGUCGUACCAUAAACCUCUCAAAUAUAGCAAAUCAUGUACAGCUUGAGUCAAAAUUACAUCAAAAAAAAAAUGAUGGUCAUUUGCAGCAACCAGAGCUAAGUGUUAACGUGCCAACCAUGCCAACUAGUAGUCAUGUAUUUUUGCAAAAACGUUUGGAAAUCCAACAUUUAAUUCAAAGACUUCAUUGCGGAGACGUUUCACAUGAAUUAUUGGAAAAAGAGUUAGCUAAUCCCAGCACCCCAGCAGCCACAAAGGAUGUCAUUGCCUCAGUUUUGAGUGAAUAUUCCCAUUCUAAAAGAAGUCCGGUGGUCACAGGCGAUCCCAAUAUUUUUACCCAACAAUUUCAGCCUCAAUCAGUCCAUCAGCACUACUCUCAAGAAUUGCAUUCGCAAAAUACUGCCAACCAUACGAUUAAUCAGCUAAUUUCCCACGGUAACUCUCCAACUCCUUUGGCAUUUACUCCUACUUCAGUUUUAAGAAAAAUGACAGCCGAUAAGGAUACUCAAUCACCAAGCACUUAUUGUCAGAACCCACAAUAUCAUGUACACCAACAAAAUGCCAAGCAACUUGGUACACGUGAGAGCGUACUUGAGCCACAGCUGACCGCAACAAUGGCUGUACAGCCCCGAAUGAUAUUAGGCGGAGGAAACUUUGCAAUUGGCCAAAACAAUCAACAAUUGUCUCCCAACAUGUCACAAAGUCGCAAUCAACAAGUGUUAAAGUGGACUUCUGGCAAUAUGCAAAUGGUCCAUGGAAAAACAUUUGGCCGACCUAUUCUGAAAGGAGGUCUUAAUUCAAUGCCGCAUUGCAAUUCUGCACUUCCUCUUACUGCCCAUAAAAUUGAAAUGCAACCCACUCAUCAACCUCAUCUACAGCAUCAGCAACUUCGAUUUAAAGCAGAUCAAUCUGUGGAAUCAAAUCUGAAUACUGAAAAUGUUCACCAAAACAUUGCAUCUCCUGUUGGAUGGCAUCAACUUUAUCUGCAACAUCAGCAACAACAUCAUCACACACGACAGCAGCCUAGGCAAAGGGUGAUUUAUGGAGAAAUGCACCGGCAAUCAAAUACAGAAAUGUCCCCGCCAGUCCCAGGUUUUUCUGACAGCUCCGAUUCUGGUAAUGUGAUCAAAACCAAUAGCCUCACAUCUCCUAGCUACCAGAGAGAUGAGAGGAUUUCAUCUCCAACCAAUCAAUUGGCGCAAUGGUUUUCCCCUGAGCUUCUUGCAAGAGCCUCUGCUGGAAAACUGCCACUUUUAAAUGUGAACCAAGCACUCAGUUUAGAAGAAUUUGAACGAAGCAUUCAACAUUCCUCAGGCGUUGUGCAUAACUAACUUUUGAAGAUAGUUUUAAGUUCAAUACAGUAAAUUUUAAAAUGACACCGAAA